GAGAUAUGAAUACAAUAUCAAUUGAAAAAAAUAACUCAAUCAGUGUGUUCGCGUACGUAGACGGAGACGGUCGUGUUUGUUCCAAUUCAAGGCCAAGAUGGCGCGAUUAUUAUUCGUGCUGCUACUGGUGGUGCUGGGAGCCCCCGUGUACUUCCUCUUCUUCAAGAGCCCCCCCUCCCCACCAGAGAUCGACCUUACCGAGUGGUGGGGGCCUGACCAACUGAAGACGAAACAGGACACUAGUAUCAAGCCUUUUAAAGUCAAGUUCGAUGAAUCGAUGAUAAAAGACUUGAAAGACCGCUUGAAGUCCCACCGUCCGUACAUUCCGCCGCUAGAAGGCGUCGCCUUCGAGUACGGGUUCAACAGCAAGCAGAUGAACAGCUGGAUUAAAUACUGGGCUGAGGAGUAUCCCUUCGCUGAGCGCGAGCAAGUGUUCAACAAAUACCCGCAAUUCAAGACUAACAUCCAGGGUCUUGAUAUACACUUCAUCAGAGUUAAACCUGAGGUACAGGCUGGAGUCCAGACAGUCCCGCUGCUACUGCUGCACGGCUGGCCGGGGUCAGUCCGGGAGUUUGAUGCGGCCAUUCCCCUACUCACCGCAAUCAGUAAGGACAGGGACUUUGCUCUGGAGCUCAUCGUUCCUAGCUUACCUGGAUACGGAUUCUCUUCUCCGGCAGUACGUCCUGGUCUCGGCGCUGACAAAAUGGCCGUCGUAUUCAGGAAUUUGAUGCACCGCCUCGGCUUCCAGAAGUACUACAUCCAAGGAGGAGAUUGGGGUGGAAUUAUCACUAGCAACAUUGCUACCCUAUUCCCACAGGAUGUUCUCGGCUAUCACGCAAAUAUUGUAUUCUCGAUGACUCCGAGGACGACGUUAUUCCAAAUCCUCGGAUCUAUCUAUCCGCCUCUAGUUGUGCGAUCAGAUUUGGCUGACCGCAUGUAUCCAUUGUCAGAGAAAUUCGCUACACUCGUCGAAGAAAUGGGUUAUUUACAUAUACAAUCGACUAAACCUGAUACUGUUGGAGUAGCACUAACCGACUCUCCAUCUGGUCUACUGGCUUACAUCCUGGAGAAGUUCUCGAGCUGGACGAAGCCGGAGUAUAAACUCCUGGCUGACGGUGGACUGUACUCGCGCUUCACCAAGGAACAACUAAUCGACAACUUGAUGAUGUACUGGGCGACCAACUCUAUUACUACAUCUAUGAGACUGUACUCAGAGACGUUUAACAAGAGAUAUACUGGAUUGAAACUCGAUGAGAUUCCUACACCAGUACCAACUUGGCUGCUACAAGCUAAGAACGAACUCUCUUACCUACCAGGUUGGAUUAUGAAGUACAAAUUCAUCAACCUCAUAAAUGAAACAAUUGUAGACGACGGCGGCCAUUUCUUCGCCAUGGAGAUGCCAAAAUUCUUCGCCGAUGACGUCCUUAAAGCGGUCGGAGAGUUCAGAAAAUGGCACAAACAGAACAAUGUUAAGACUGAAUUGUAAAUACGUUGUUUUUUUUUUGUUAAUAAAAGGUUUUUUUUGUUGAA